UAUUGAUGAAGGGUAAAGUAGCAUUAAUAAUUGAUCAUGAUUGUUAAGAAUUCAUAAAGAGGGGCAAUACUACUAUUGUAAUAUAAGAACAAGAAGAUUUUAUAUUGGAAUUGAUGGGAAUGAAAGAGGGUGUUGGAUUUAAUUAGGUUAUACCCAAUUCAUAAAAUGAUGAUGAAAUACUUGAAGUUAAUUUGAUCAAUAAUGCUUAAACUUACACUUAAAUAAGUUAUGGUGCUAAGACAGCUGUUAUUGGAAAACAAUAUUAAUAAUUUCAAUUAAUUAGUUUUGAUGAAUUCUAAGAAUAAUUGUUUGACAAUUUUGACAUUAUAAUAGCAUUUAAAGAUUAAAUAAAAGUAUUGGAAGAAAUUCAAAAAUAGAAAUAACAUCACAUUUAUUUUAUCAUAUCAAACAUAAAAUAAUAUGAAAAUGAUAUUGAAUUUCCUGUUUAGUCUAGAAAUUAAUUUAAGUAUCAAUAAAUAGAGAGCAAAGGGAAAUAGAUUGCUCUUAUUCAUUAUUCAAAUUAUCAGAUGAGAGUAGAUGAAAUUGAAACUUUAGAAUAAAUAAAUGAAUAUUCAUAUAUAAGAAGAAAUGUAAUAAGAUUAUAAUGUCUUUGGAGAGAAUUACUGACAUAAGUAGGUAAGUUUCCAAAAUAUGGUGCAUGAAUUAGUAAGAGAU